AUGGGAGUACUUUUUCACUGCCGAAUAUGGAUUAUGAGGCCGAAGUGUGAUAUGACCUCAAAACAUGGAUUUAUGGGCAAUGGACUUUUUUUUGUUUUGGAUAAAUCUUCUAUCAUGUAUAUUACAUGGAUUACAGGGGUUCAGCUAAAUGGUACUGAAGAUACUGACAUUAAUAAUUUCAUUGGAUCUUUCUGGAAGCGGGAAGAAGUAAGUACAGUGAUUUUCAUGUGUGUAGUAGAAUAA